UCUUUCUCUUUUAUCCAUCACACUGUUCAAAAAUUUGGUAAGAAUUCUUUUGUCUGGGAAGGGACAACACCAAAGGUCAUAAUCAUAAAUCCUGAUCAAAUCAAAGAAGUCUUUAACAAGAUCAAUGAUUUUGAGAAACCCAAGUUGAGCCCUCUUGUCAAGUUAUUGAGCGACGGACUCAUAAAUUAUGAUGGCGAGAAAUGGCAAAAACAUCGAAAGAUUAUCAACCCUGCUUUCCAUUUUGAAAACUUAAAGGUAAUGUCAUCAACCAUAUCCGAAUCCUGUGAUGAAAUGGUUAGAAAAUGGGAUGCGAUGCUGUCUUCCGAAGGAAAAUGUGAAAUCGACGUAUGGCCAUUUCUUCAAAAUUUGACUUGCGAUAUUAUUUCCAAGACAGCAUUUGGAAGCAGCUAUGAAGAAGGAAAGCGAAUAUUCGAUCUUUUAAGAGAACAAGCUGGACUUAUUAUGAAAUUACGAAAUGUCUAUAUUCCCGGAUGGUGGUUGAUACCAACAGCUACGCACAAGAGGAUGAAAGAAAUUGAAAAAGAUAAAAAAGCUUCGCUCAAGUUUAUCAUCAACAAAAGAGAGAAAGCAAUGAAGGUAUGGGAAGUCAUGAACAAAGACUUAUUAGGCAUACUUUUGGAAUCAAAUCAUAGAGAAAUACAAGAACAUGGAAACAACAAAGCUGCGGGAAUGACAAGCCAAGAAGUAAUGGAGGAGUGCAAUGCAUUCUACCUUGCUGGCCAAGAAACCACCUCAGUUCUUCUAGUUUGGACAAUGGUACUAUUGGGUAGGUAUCCUGAUUGGCAAGCACGUGCUAGAGAGGAAGUAUUGCAAGUUUUUGGCGAUCAAACUCCGGAUAGUGAAGGGUUAAGUCGCCUUAAAAUUAUGACAAUGAUUUUAUACGAGGUUCUAAGGUUAUACCCUCCAAAUGUUUACUUCAAUCGUGCUGUCAACAAAGAUGUGAAACUUGGCAACCUUUCCCUUCCAGCAGGAACACAAGUUUCCUUGCCAAUACUCUUGAUUCAUCAUGAUCGCGAUAUUUGGGGCGAUGAUGCAACAGAGUUCAAACCGGAAAGAUUCUCUGAGGGAGUUGCAAAGGCAACAAAAGGCCAAGUUUCAUUCUUUCCAUUCGGAUGGGGACCUAGAGUAUGCCUUGGGCAAAAUUUUGCUUUAAUGGAAGCAAAGAUGGCUUUGUCAUUGCUCUUACAACGUUUCUCAUUUGAGCUCUCCCCAUCUUAUGCACAUGCUCCAACUACUGUACUCACUCUCAAUCCAAAGCAUGGGGCUCAUGUUAUCUUACAUAAAUUGUAGCUUUAUCUGAUGUUUUGGUCGUACUGUUACAUAAAUUCAUCAAUUAGGUGGCGUACCGCAUAUUAAUUUGGGUUUAUGACAUACCAACUUGUCUGUGUAUUAAAAUAUCGGGUAAUGUUAGGUAGACAAAAAAAAAACAGCCAGAACUUGUCUUAUUUAGCAUUAAUUAAUUGUCGCAACAAUUAUUGAAUGCUAAAUAAGGCAAGUUAUGUCUGUUUUUGGCUGAUUUUCUUUGGUUAUCAAACAUUUCCGUAAAAUAUCGUAUGCAUAUUUUUCACAUAAAAUAUUUUUUGUUUGGUGUAUCGUGUACUUGUUACCUAUUGGAAUGUAUUACGUUUCAUGUAUCCAUUGUAGUACAUUUUGGAGAAGUUUUAUGUUAUUUGUUUUUCCUUU